AUGCAGCACGCUCCUAUUGAGCUCCCAUUCUUCCUCACGAAAGGACUUCCAUUACCCAAGGUGCUCAAUGGAGCUUCCCCUCAUCAAGUCAAUAGCAAUGCAGCAUCAAACGCCAAUAUCGACGAUGCAUCAACAAAAGUCCGACAAUCGCCACGCUCCUACCAGCUCGAACUAUUCGAAGAAGCUAAAAAGAACAAUAUUAUUGCUGUCUUGGAUACUGGAACUGGCAAGACGAUGAUUGCGUCACUGCUGGUCAAGCAUUAUGUGGGAUUGCAGCGUGAUGCUGAAAAAGAAAAUCCAGAGACUGUGCGUCGAAUUGCCUUCUUUAUGGUACCUACAAAUCCAUUGGCGUUUCAACAAAAGAAACAACUCGAAAUUAUGGUCAAGAGAGUUGAAAUUGUUGUUGGAGAGUCGAAAAAGGGCAAAAAUAAGAAGAGCUGGGAAGAACUCUUAGAAGCCUACGAUGUGAUUGUGUGCACACCUGCAAUACUCAAGAACGCACUUGAGUUUGGGUACUUGACUAUGAAUCAGGCCUUGUUACUCGUAUUUGACGAAGCUCAUCAUGCUAUUGGUCACGCUGAUUAUGCCAUUAUUAUGCAAAAGCACUAUCCCAAUCUGACUGAUGAAACGGCUCACAAACCACGCGUGCUGGGUCUUACAGCAUCACCAGUCACGAGAGAAACUGAUGAUCCAGUCAAAGCUGUUGAGGCUUUGGAGAAUCAGCUCAAGAGCGUUGCAAGAACUAUUAUGUGGGAAACGCAAUCGGGAUAUGAACAUCUCGGAAAACCUCACGCAGUUACAAAAAUCAUCUACAAGGCAGCACCUCAAGAGUUACCUCAGUCCGAACUGAUGAGAACUCUCAAAGACCUCGUCAAGUCGCCACCACAAGACCUAGACUUGCCUGGUGACCUGCGCUUCAAACUCCAAGAUCGCAUCAUCCCAGACUUGGAAAUGCACAUCCUGCGAACACUAGGCGUACAUGCUUGUGAUCGUGCUAUCGAAGCAAUGGCUCAUACGUGCCAUCGAAAGUCGCUCUCGGCAAUACCAUUUAGUAAAUUGGGAUUGGAGGACUUGUUGGAAGGUGAUGCUGUACAGGAUGAUGAAGAAGAGCAAGUUGCUCAGACUUCAUUGUUGGCUCGUCUUGGACAUUUGUUUCCUGGACCGCAUGCUUCUGGAGAUUUGUUGAGUGAUAAGGUCAAGAUGCUCUUUUCUUUGUUGUAUAAUGAUUAUAGGGAUGACCGUGACUUUAGUGGAAUCAUCUUUCGUCGUGAUGUCGCUGAUCGACUAGCAGAGCUCAUUCGUCACGAGAAGAAAUUGAGCUUUCUUAGAGUUGGUGUGUUGAAAGGGCACGGCAAAGGUGCUAACUACAAGUCCUCUGAGGGCGUAGAUGCCAAAGUGGCUCAUCAGUACAGGAUUGUGGAAGAGUUCUGGAAGAACAAUGUAAAUUUGUUGGUCGCUACAGCUAUUGCUGAAGAAGGAUUGGAUAUCCCAGCUUGUAAGCUGGUAGUGAGAUUUGAUAUUGGUAGAGGCGCGCUAAAGCUUGGGUCCUUGAUUCAGUCUCGUGGCCGAGCUAGAAAGGAGAACUCCAAGUUCUGUCUAAUGGUUGAAGAGAAUCAUCCAGAAGACAAUAGCUAUCCUGUAUCUCUCCAACAAAAGGAAAAGGCUCAACGUGGACAUCUAUACAAAAUGUGUACUCAAAACAGCGUGCUUGCAAGAUGGCACCAAAUCGAGUUGCAGCAAGCUGAAGAGCGUGAAAUGGAUUUGUAUGCUGAAGAAGUGUAUAAGAUUCCAGCUACUGGUGCUGUACUUCAUUCUACGUCGGCCAUAUCCUUGCUUAACCGUCUCUGCCAAAUCAUCUCCGAGGUCGAAGGCUACGAGUGGAGCUCUUCUUGGACGUAUGAACUUGUCGCAUCUCAGUUUUACGCUACAGUCACACUACCAGGAACGCUGCCAAGGGAAAUCCGUGUCCAUCGAGGUGGUCCAGCAGAUCGUAUUGCGACUGCUCAGAGACUAGCCUGUAGAAAUGCCAUCAUAGCCCUUCAUAAAGAACAAUAUUUCGAUGAUAACUUGCAGCCUGUACGUGAAGAUCCACGACAACGACUACAGCGUGUAGAUGACGAUAAAGCAGCUCUCGCCAACGACUUGAAUAGUUUACGUGGACGACGUAAAAGACGGUCAUAUCAAAAAAUUGUUCCAGCCGAUAUGGAGGUGCCGUGGCAAGAGGUUCCUGGUGGUAGAUAUGUAUGGUUGUCUGUACCGUAUACUGUAUCUGCUGGUCAGCGUCGAGAAAUGUAUCGUGUUGGUAUAAUCACUCGACGCCGACCUGUUGAUGGUAUUCAAUUCAGUCUAUGGCCGGAUCAGCGCGAGGUCAUGAUGACGGUGAUUCCAAAUGCCACGUCUAUGAUUGUCAAUGAUGAGCAAUGGGAUGCUGUCAAGAAGUUCCAUGUAUAUUUGAUGAGUUCCUUUCUUAAGGAUGCAUUGGAAUUGGAACUCGAUCAUGCAUACUUUUGUAUCCCUCUGAUAUGGCAAAACAAUACACCAGUGAUUGAUUGGACACGUCUCCUCGAGAUUGCCAACUAUAAUCCAGCUGCCCACGACCAUUUGCUAUACGCUCAAGAUAUCGUUGGACGUAUGGUAGUGGAUAGGUCCUAUUAUCGUCGUCAAUUUGCAGUCACCGACCUCGUAAACCCAGAUUCAUCAGAAUCAUUCAAGGAAAAGUAUGCUGCAGUUGUGAAGAAAUACAAAGGUUCUGGCCAAUUCAAAUACAGAACCAUAAAACCCAUUCAGCCAAUAUUGUAUGGAAACCGACUGGAAAUUCAUCGCAGAAUCAACUUGCUGCAAGAUGUUAAGGUUGAGCAGAUCAAGGAUGCCAAGCAAUAUCGUACUACUUCUUUGCUACCAGAGUAUUGUGAGGUCCAUCCAUUCACUCAGAAAGACUUCUACGAUACGAAUAGAGUGCCGUCGAUCUUGUUUUACUUUGAAUUAUUUUGCAUUGCCCAUGACACUCAGAAACGGUUGAGCUUGUCUGCUCCUGUUGGCAGUGUUCUUCAAGCAUUGUCAGCUCCCCAGACUGGUCUUCCUCAUAACUAUGAGCGACUAGAAACCUUGGGUGACUCAUUCUUAAAGCUUGCAAUCAAUUUGCAGUUGUUUGCAAGAUUCCCAAAUCGUGAUGAAGGACAUCUAUCCAUGAGAACGAAUUAUGCCGUCUCCAACUAUCAACUCUUUCAACGUGCGUCCAACAAAGAAAUACCAAACGUCAUCAUAUCAGCUACGCUGAGUCGUUCCACAUGGCGACCAUUUGGAUCCGGUCCAGGACGAUGGGAUGAACGAGAAAAACUACGCAUAGAAAGGAGUGGCAAAAAUCCCAUUAAAAUCUAUCCACGCCCAGGAACACAGAUCUUGUCUGAUAAACAGGUAGCUGAUGUCAUGGAAGGUCUAUUAGGUGCUGCAGUGAUAACAGGCAAUCCAGAAACACAAGGUGUUGAAGCCGGUGCCAAGACCAUGAAGGCCAUAUAUGAUGACGUGAUUGAGGAAGACUGGACCAAGUUUUCAAACUUGAUUCAGAAACGUACACCGACGAAAGAUGGUUCCUGGAAAGACGCUGCUGGAAUGGUUACGUUGGUGGAUGAGGUUCAAGAGUUUAUUGGAUACAAGUUUAAUUCCCCUGGAUGGCUGAUUGAGGCUUUGACUCAUGCUACUGCUGCUGAUGCCAAGUUUAAUUCGUACCAACGUCUUGAAUUUCUUGGUGAUGCGGUAUUGGGAUAUUUGGCUGUACGAUAUUUCUUUUAUGCCUAUCAUGAAGCUGACCCAGCUCAAUUAUCAGAUUGCAAAGAUGCUUCAGUAUGUAAUUCUUUCCUGGCCAAUAUUGCUGUGAGUGCCAGUAUGCAAACAUGGCUUCGUCACAUGUCUGCACCCUUGAGCCAUGGACUACAGUCAUAUAAAGAUGAAUUGAUUGCUAGUCGUGAUCGUGCCAAUUCCCUAUCUCAACAAGGAGGCAAUCGUGUCCUUCAACAAGAUGUUCGAGGUGACACUGACGAUGCCUUAAGAUACUGGGAAGAUUUGGAUACUCCGAAAGCAGCAUCUGACAUGGUUGAAGCUAUACUCGGUGCAGUGUUUGUUGAUUCCAAACUAUCAACAAAUGCAGUCUGGAAGGUCAUGCAGAAAAUCUGGCUUCCAUGGGUCGAAGUAUAUAUAAAACCCACCACUGUGAAGCGUAUCGCACUAAGAGUUUUAUCCGAGGAGCUAUUGAAACUCGGAUGUGUUGAACAUAAAGUGAAAACAUAUGUGGAGGGUCCACGACAGUUCGUAGCUCGAGUGUUUAUACAUGGACGAGUCUUUGCUGAAGGUAGAUCCGAAAUGAGAAAGAAAGCCAAUACGGAUGCUGCUAACGCAGCACUUGAUAUCUUGACCAAAAGUCUUGAAGCUUGGCAAGGGUGGUGUACUUGUCAGGGAGAUGCUCUUGAAGCUGGAGUGUAUGUUCAGGGGCAACGGCAGGAUUGGGCUAAUGGAGUCACCACUGCUACCACGACUAUGAAUGGUGGUAGUAGCAGUAAUGGCUCAAAUGGUGUCAAUGGAGUCUCUCAUAUUGGUCAAAAUGGUAGCAGCAACUCAGAAACCGAUGAUGGUAGUGAAUCAGAUGAUGAUGAAGACGGUGUUCCUGUGGUAGUACGUCGUGAUGAAAUACCAUCACUUCGUAUCUUGCCUGAAGGUGAUGAGGGAUACGACGAACACGACCAUCAGUAUACUCAGAUGGGGCAGGUGGAAGCAGAUGGUGGAGAAGUUGUGGGUGUAUAA